AUGGGUACAUCCUAUGCCAACGUUUCUGUUGGUUAUGUAGAAGAAGAACUUUUCAACAUCUUCACCCAAAAAAUUCCUACCUUUUUUCUCAGGAUGUUGACAUUUGUGGUAUCGUUUUUAUUUCUAAACUAUAACUGGGUUGUGAUAACCGAAGGGUUGAUACAACUUCCUCCCAGAUUCCUAAACCACUAUAAAACCAAUGAUGUUAAAGCACUGUCAAUAGAUUCUACAACACUCAACCAAGCAGUCGACAAAGCUUAUGAGAAAUUGAAACAACAACAACUAUCAAAUUCUGUGUCUGGAACUCGGGAACAGAUAAACGCCCUCACAUCAUUUCUUGACGGGUCUAUGAUUUACGGAAGCCUACAAAACACCAGCGAUGCUUUAAGGACUUUCGUGAAUGGUUUAUUAAAAAGUUACACCGACUCUAGCGGCAACACGCUUUUACCCCAAAGUCCCAACCCUUCAGAAGACUUGUGUAGCGAUCCGUCUCAAGACUUGUACUGUUUUCUUGCAGGGGAUGACCGACUGAAUGAACAACCAGGUCUAACAGCCAUCCAUACUGUGUUGUUAAGGCAACAUAACAAGAUAGCACAAUCUUUGAAGGAACUCAACCCUUGCUGGGAUGAUGAGAAACUGUAUCAGGAAUCCAGGAGAUUCGUGAUCGCUCAGAUUCAAAUGAUUACAUACAAUGAGUUUCUUAGGGUUGUCUUAGGUAACUACUACUACUAUCUCGAGCCUCGACAGUUUGGUUACACAUAUUACUAUCCGUCCAUCAACCCAUCCAUUCUGAACGAGUUCUCUGCAGCAGCAUUUCGAUUCGGUCAUACAUUAAUUCAGAACCAGUUUAAUGAAAUAAAUUCUGCUGGAUCCACUACGAGUUUUCAGCUGCGAGAAAGUUUCUUUAAACCAUUUGGAAUGUACAUUGGACAAUUGGAUCGAAUUCUUAGAGGAUUAGCUGCCCAACCUGCACAAAAAUUUGACAAGUUUAUUGUUGAAGACGUAACUAAUCACCUAUUUCAGAAACCUGGGGAAGAAUUUGGUUUGGACCUUGCAUCUUUUAACAUCCAAAGAGGCAGAGAUCAUGGAAUUCAGAGUUAUGUUCACUAUGUUAAAGAGUUCUUUAACCUACCGAUUUCAAAUUUUUCGCACUUGGAUGUCUUAAUGUCUUCUACGGAUUGGACGGCGUUUGAGAAUCUUUAUGAGUCAGUAGAAGACAUCGAUCUUUUCUCGGGUGGUGUUGCAGAGUACCCAGUAACCAAUGGAGUUGUCGGUCCAACAUUUGCCAUCAUUAUUCAAAAUCAGUUUCUAAAACUGAAAUACGGAGAUAAAUAUUAUUUUGAGCACUGGAAACAACCUGGUAGCUUCACGUAUG